AUGACGCAGACUCUGGAUCCCAACUGCUCCAACAGCUCAGAAGACUGGAACACCUUUUACUUCAACUCCUCAAGGGACCCCCAAUACCUCCAAUACCCACCCUACCACUCCACCCAUCAGAAUAUCACCUAUGUGGACUUGUACCUCCACGAGCCCUCGGUGGCGGUAGUCUUCAUUGUGUCCUACCUGCUCAUCUUCCUGGUCUGUAUGGUGGGGAAUGGUGUGGUGUGUUUCAUCGUGCUGCGGAGCAAGAAUAUGAGGACAGUCACCAACCUCUUCAUACUCAAUCUGGCUAUUAGUGAUUUGUUGGUUGGCAUAUUCUGUAUGCCCACUACCCUGGUGGACAACAUCAUAACAGGCUGGCCUUUUGGAAGUUUAGUGUGUAAGCUGAGUGGGAUGGUUCAAGGCAUAUCAGUGUCAGCUUCAGUCUUUACUCUGGUGGCAAUAGCUGUGGACAGGUUCCGCUGCAUCGUAUACCCCUUCAAGCAGAAGCUGACCAUCUCCACCGCCACGCUGAUCAUUGUCAUCAUCUGGGUCCUGGCUAUCUCCAUCAUGUGUCCUUCAGGGGUCAUGCUCCAGGUGACCAAGGAGCAGCGUGUCCUGAUCCUACUGGGGGACGGCUACAACAACACACGCCCAAUUUACUGGUGCCGUGAGAACUGGCCCAAUCAGGAAAUGAGGAAGAUCUACACCACCGUCCUAUUUGCUAACAUCUACCUAGCCCCACUGUCACUCAUCGUCAUCAUGUACGUCCGCAUCGGAUUCACCCUCUUCAAGAUGGCUGUGCCCGCCUCAGGCCCGGGAAUCAGUAGUGGCAGCAGCGGUGGGACGAAGCCCGGCCUGGACAACCACCGUCAGACGGUGUCGAAGAAGAAGAAGAAGGUGAUCAAGAUGCUGCUGAUGGUGGCGUUGCUUUUCAUCCUGUCGUGGCUGCCGCUCUGGACGUUGAUGAUGCUGAGUGACUACGCCAGCCUGACAGCGAGCCAGCACCGUGUCAUCAACAUCUACGUGUACCCGCUGGCCCACUGGCUGGCCUUCUUCAACUCCUCCGUCAACCCCAUCAUCUACGGCUUCUUCAACGAGAACUUCCGCCGGGGGUUCGAGGCCGCGUUUAAGUUCCAGCUGUGCGUCGCCUACAUGGAGCGUCGUAUCCAAGGCAACGCAGUGUUACCUGAGAACCUGCAUCUGCCCACCAGGCCCAGCUCGGUAGGGUCAGGAUUGGCUUUGGUGAACGGGAAGGGGCUGGGCCGGGAGGAAGUUGUCGGGCGGACGUCGGGCGAGAGGACGUCGGGGAGCAACGCGAAGGAGCAUGAUCUGAUCAUGGAGGAUCUGGAGAAGGUAUCCCAGAUUUAA